UAUUCAGAAAUGAAGAUAAGAAGCUAAUGCCCUGCCUUUCAUUUCCUUCUUCUUACUCACUUCCACAAACAUAGAAAUAGAGAGAGACUGACACUCUGAACUUCUCUAUUUUCUGGGUUUAUCCUACUUUUUCCUGUGACUUUCAAUUUUUAAUUUCCAAAUUUUAUCACCCCUUUUGUUGGGAGAUUUUUAUUCUUAACACAAUUACAAAGGUACAUAGAUGAUCUGCUAAUUUCAGCAAAACAAAAAAGAGGAGACCAUAACUUUAUGCACUAGCCUAAAUGACGCCUGUAAUUCCUUGUUCAGUGAGCAAUAUUUCAUUUAUUCCUGGAAAUGCAUUUACGACAAGGAAGAGCAGGUGUUUUUCCAGAUACUCUGGAAACCUUAAAAGGUCUUUAUUAUCCUCCCAAAAACAUUCUAUAGCCCUUCCACAAAGCAUCACAGUAUUUCAACAAUUGAAAAAUGGAUGUUCAAGAAUUCAGAAAUUAUCAGCCACAGGGGCAGAUGUUGUGUUAGAGGAACAAGGUUCAUCAGUGGCAGAUGAAGCAUCUACUGGACCACCUGAAGAAGUUCAGACAAAUGAGGAACCCUCCACUAAAUCUGAUGCAAGUGCUGCUCCUGCUCGGGUCAAGAGAAGACAAGGCAGGAAGAGUGAGAUGCCACCUGUUAAGGACGAGGACCUAGUUGCUGGGGCAAUGUUUACUGGGAAAGUGAGGUCGAUACAGCCGUUUGGUGCUUUUAUUGAUUUUGGAGCAUUUACAGAUGGUCUGGUGCAUGUUUCCCAAUUAAGUGCUAGCUUUGUAAAGGAUGUCAAUGAUGUGGUUUCUAUUGGCCAAGAAGUGAAAGUGAGACUAUUAGAAGUGAAUACUGACACAGGGAGGAUAUCUCUCUCAAUGCGUGAUGAUGAUAGUAGCAAUAAGCCCCAGCAAAAGAAAGAUGGUAGCAGUGACAAGGAUAAAUCACCUAGAAGGAGCUCUACUAGAAGUUCUCAGAAGAGAGAAGAUGUGAAGAAAACCAAGUUUGUCCAGGGGCAAGAUCUUGUGGGCACUGUUAAAAAUUUUGCACGAAGCGGUGCUUUUAUAUCUCUUCCUGAGGGAGAGGAAGGUUUUCUGCCGACAUCAGAGGAACCAGAUGAUGGUUUUGGGAACGUUAUGGGGAACACAUCGCUGGAGGUUGGGCAAGAAGUUAAUGUCCGUGUGUUACGUAUUUCAAGAGGCAUAGUAACAUUAACCAUGAAGACAGCAGAAGAUGUGAACAAGCUCGAUUCAAAGUUGAAUCAGGGUGUUGUCCAUGAAGCAACAAACCCCUUUGUUGUUGCUUUCCGUAGAAACAAGGAUAUUGCUGCCUUUUUAGAUGAGAGAGAAAAACCUGAGGAAGAUGCAUCUGCUGAAACCUCAAGCAAGGAUGCAAUUGAAGUUAGUUCUGUAGAUGAUACAUCAGAAAAUGUUGAGGCUGCUGCUCCCUCCAUUGAGGAAGAAGCAGAGAAUCCAAACCGUGAAGAAGUUGCAAUGACGAGUCAAGAUGGUGCUCUCGUUGCAGAAGAUGAGACAGCAGCAGUAUCUGCUGUCCCUUUGGCUGACAAUGAACAGACAGCAAGUGAGGCCUCUUCAGUUGUCCAGGAAGUUGUGGCAGAAACUCAACCUGAGAUUGUUAGUGCAAAAGAAGAUGUGCAAGUAGAGAUUCCCGCUGAUGAAUCCAUAGUGGAGACGUCUAGUCCUGACAGCAACCAGAGUGUUAGUGCCUCAAGUGCGGAAGAUGAGGCAACAACACCAAUACCUUCUCCCCCAUCGGCUGAAGAUGGAGAGACAAAAAGUGAGGUGUCUCCUCUUAGCCAAGAAACAGUAGUAGAAACUCCAGCUGAGGAUGUUAGUGCAAAAGAGGAUGCUCCUGUUGAAAUCCCUACUGAUGCAGCCAGUGUUGAGACGACUUCUCCUGAGGCUAAUGGGAGCAUCAAUGACUCAAGUGGACCAAAUGGAUCUUCCCCUCAGGGAAGCGCCUCCAAAGCAGCUAUAUCCCCUGCUCUUGUAAAGCAAUUAAGAGAUGAAACAGGAGCUGGGAUGAUGGAUUGCAAAAAGGCCCUAUCUGAGACUGGAGGUGAUAUUGUUAAAGCACAAGAGUUUCUCAGAAAGAAAGGACUAGCCAGUGCAGAUAAGAAAGCUAGCAGAACCACUGCUGAAGGGAGAAUAGGUUCCUACAUUCAUGAUAGCAGAAUUGGUGUUCUGAUUGAGGUGAAUUGUGAGACAGAUUUUGUUUCUCGGGGUGAUAUUUUUCGGGAGCUAGUCGAUGAUCUAGCUAUGCAAGUGGCUGCAUGCCCUCAAGUGGAGUACCUUUCUACUGAUGAUGUUCCAAAAGAAAUUGUGAAUAAAGAAACAGAAAUUGAAAUGCAGAAGGAAGAUUUGUUGUCAAAACCUGAGCAAAUCAGGUCAAAAAUUGUUGAAGGGCGGGUUAAUAAGAGGCUUGGAGACUUGGCUUUGCUCGAGCAGCCAUACAUCAAGGAUGAUAAAGUGGUUGUUAAGGAUUGGGUGAAGCAGACGAUUGCAACAAUUGGAGAAAACAUAAAAGUGAACAGGUUUGUGAGGUACAACCUUGGUGAAGGAUUGGAGAAGAAAUCCCAAGAUUUUGCAGCUGAGGUGGCUGCCCAAACUGCAGCAAAACCAUCCUCUGCACCAGAACAGGAGAAGCCUGCUGCAGCUGAAAUUGAAAAACCAGUUGAGAAGGCACCAACAGUAGCAGUCUCAGCUGCCUUAGUCAAACAAUUACGAGAUGAAACUGGAGCAGGCAUGAUGGAUUGCAAGAAGGCUCUUGCUGAGACUGGAGGGGACCUUGAGCAAGCUCAAGAGUAUCUUAGAAAGAAGGGCCUAUCUAGUGCUGAAAAGAAAUCUAGUCGGCUUGCAGCUGAGGGAAGAAUUGGGUCCUAUGUUCAUGACGCUCGCAUAGGAGUGCUUCUUGAAAUUAACUGUGAAACUGACUUUGUGGGUAGAAGUGAAAAGUUCAAGGAAUUGGUGGAUGACUUGGCUAUGCAAGUUGCAGCUUGCCCACGGGUUGAGUAUGUAUCUGUCGAGGAUAUAUCAGAAAGUAUAGUGAGCAAGGAAAAGGAGAUUGAGAUGCAGAGAGAAGAUAUAUUAUCAAAGCCUGAGAAUAUCAGGGAGAAAAUUGUUGAAGGGAGGAUUUCAAAGCGGUUAGGAGAACUUGCUCUUUUGGAGCAGCCCUACAUCAAAGAUGACAGUAUCCUGGUGAAGGACCUUGUGAAACAAACUGUGGCUGCACUCGGGGAGAACAUUAAAGUUCGGAGGUUUACCCGGUACACCCUUGGUGAGCAAAUUGAAAGUCCUAACACAGAAACUGAAGCUUCAGAAGUUGAGAUUUAGUGUUCAAUAGAUAAUAUCAUAGCAUCUGAAGAAAGUUUCCAAAUAACCUGUUCAGGUUGGUGGGACUUUUGAAUUCAGAAAGGAUAAUCUAAUUCUUUCGAGUUUGUUGUAUCUUUAAAAGGCAGUUUUUGUUUGCUUUUAUUGCCUUUGUCUUCUAUAAUCAUCAUAUAUAUAGCUCAAGUACCAACAAUUAUGGUAGUAUGGAGAGAAGUCGAUGUAGAGACAGAAAGAGGCUGCAUAUUCAAUUGUAUUUUUAAGUUGGGAGGAAACCAUAAAACCUUUUUGUAAAGGUGUUUUUGAGGCUUUUAUGUAUAUGUUUAUUUUUCACAUAGAUUACUCAGUGUGUACAACAUUUCCAGCUAGUCUGUUCAGCUCUGUAAAUCAUCCAAUUAUUUGGCAAAAUGAAUUAUUACUCUGGUUUUCUUCUGU